GAUACGCUCCUCUUAUCCCUUGUGCUACAGACUCGGAGAUUUCCAAACCCUAACCCUAGCCUUAGAUUUCCAGAUCCAUCGUCGCUCAGUUCUUAGUAUGGGAGACACUAGAGACAACGAAGCCUACGAGGAGGAACUUUUGGACUACGAGGAAGAAGACGAGAAAGUCCCCGAUUCUGCUGGAAACAAAGCCAAUGGCGAGAAUGGCAAAAAAGGUUAUGUGGGAAUACACAGUUCAGGAUUCAGAGACUUCCUUUUAAAACCUGAGCUUCUCCGAGCUAUUGUUGACUCAGGGUUUGAACAUCCUUCUGAAGGUAAAAAUCUAUUUCAAAAUAUUGAUUUGGAGCCAACUUGCCGUUUGGUAAACCCAUCCAUUUAAAGGACAGGGACGGUAUAGUUUACUCAUAAAGGGUUGCUUCGGUGCAAUU